AUGUCUGCGGCGAGAAAGAGACCUCGCGCGUCGCAGUCUCGUGCCAUCCUCGCAUUAGACCUUGAUUGCUUUUACGCCCAGGUAGCAAUCCGCUCCCGCCCGCAUCUCGCAAAUCGGCCAGUGGUCAUCUUGCAGAAGCACUUGUGCGUCACCAGCAAUUACGUAGCUCGCCGCCUCGCUCAUGGGGCAGUCCAAAAGAUGACCCCUGUGUCCACCGCUCUCAAGGCAUGCCCGGACAUCGUUUGCAUUGAUGGCUCGGACCUAACCCCUUUCCGUGAGGCAAACGCCGAGGUCCUCGCAGUCAUCCGGGCGUGGCUUCACGCCAAGGUUACCGAGCUCGGCGUAGGAAGUUUUCCCAUCCCCUGUCAGAAGCUCGGUUUUGACGAGGUCUUUAUCGACGUCUCCCGGCUAGUCGCAGAGCAAGUCACAGCAGGCGGAAGGCCAUGGGAGUUCCAGGGGCAUAUCUUUGGGCGAACCGACGACGACGCUAGUAGGCGAGCAUUAAUGGUAGCUUCUCAACUAGCUUCAGAGUUGCGAAAAGAAAUCACGCUCAGAACAAAGCUAACGCUUUGUGCUGGCAUCAGCGAAAGCAAAUUGCUCGCAAAACUUGCUGUGAACAUGAACAAACCAAAUGACCAAACAAUCUUUCUUUCAGGAGAUGCGGCACAGUACAUAGCUGGGCGCCAUCCAAGAAGUCUCCCGGGUUUUGGCUAUGCCGUGGAAGGGAAAAUAUCUGCCUGGGCGAAACGGAACGGCAAAGAGGACAUUAAAACCGCCGCAGAUGUUGUACAAUGGUUCGGUGAUGGGAAGAAGGGGUUCGCGUCCCUCGCCAAAGUUCUUGACAAUGACGAUCAAGCGCGAAAGAUUCUGGAACUAUGCCAAGGGACUGACACCUCACCAGUCAUCGAGUCCGGCGACGCUCCAAAGUCGCUCACUUCCAUGGAUUCAUUCCGCUCUUGUACCAAGAUCGAAGAUGCAGAGCGACGAGUCACUAUCCGUGCUAAGGAUAUGGUCACCCGGUUACGUCGAGAUUGGGAGCUGUACGGGCGCCGACCGAAGACUUUGACGGUAGGGUUUAGAUUCAGAGGGGACGGGUAUCAUGCGACAAUGCGGGCAAUCCCUAUGCCACAAGAAAUCGUUUCCCUGUGCUCGUCGAAGGGUGCAGAUGCUGCAGACCGAUCUAUUAUCGCUCUUUCUAGAGCUGCACUAUUCGUGUUGAAGGAUCAUGCCGGUGUUUCGGCAUCUUCAACUUUUGAUAUGACCUUAAUUUCUAUUGGGGCAAGUGCUUUUACAGAAAACAAAACAGAGAAGAAUGCAACCUCGACGAAGAAAGAAACGGUCGCUUCUUUCUUCGCACCUAAAGAAGGCAAAGGAAUGUCAUCGGUAUGCAGACCACCGAAUGGCCGUUUAUUGCAAAACAGAUCAUCGCCAAAUCCACGACGGCCACUAUCCCCGAACGCUUCCUUCUCUCGUUGCCCAAUUUGCAAUGAAGUGUUAUCCUCUCUCCUAGCAAAAGCAAGCUUGCACGUAGAUCAAUGCUUGAGACGCUCUGAGACUGUGUCGCCGGCCAGGAAACGCUCGAAAACGGCAUCAAACACAUUCCGGGUUGACACCUUUUUCCAGAGAAAGUAA